AUGGCUGGAGGUGGCAGCAUAUUCCUCGGCGCCGUCAUCGUGGCCGCCAUGUGCGUUGCCGCAUGGUUUCUGGCGCCAAAGGGAGAGAACCAGACUACAUGGCGCUCAUCCCUGAUCAUCGCCUUCAUCUCCUGCUAUCUCAUGUGGUUCAUCACCUUCAUGGCGCAGCUGCAUCCCCUAAUCGCCCCGAAGAACCCGUCGGUCCGGAGCGGAUACCAACACGAAUAG